AUGUUGACCGCACAGCUGGUGGCCGCCGGUGUAGUUGGCGUCGCUGCUGCCGCUGCGAUCACAUCGUCGAAGAAGAAAAAGCGACCACACUCGUUCGAAACGAACCCUUCCAUUCGCAAACGCCAACAGAAUCGGUUGCUGCGAAAGUUACGACAAACGAUCUUCGAGUAUGCCACACGUGUGGGUCAACAGGCGGUUGUGUUGGUAGCAACCCCGGGAAAACCAAACAACAUCUACAAAGUGUUUGGCGCAAAACCACUUGAAGACGUGCUGAAGAAUUUGCGUGGCAAUGUGAUGGACAAGCUGGACGAAGCGCUGGCAGCUCAGGCACCUCCUCGUGUACAAGACGAUCCGUCACUGUUCGAACUGCCUCCACUGAUCAUCGAUGGUAUACCGACGCCGGUAGAAAAAAUGACACAGGCCCAGCUGCGUGCCUUCAUCCCACUGAUGUUGAAAUAUUCUACGGGAAGGGGCAAGCCUGGCUGGGGUCGAGACUCCACCCGGCCGGCCUGGUGGCCGAAGGAACUGCCCUGGGCAAACGUGCGCAUGGACGCACGGACAGAGGACGAAAAACAGAAGAUAAGUUGGACUCAUGCUCUGAGAAAAAUCGUCAUAAAUUGUUACAAAUAUCACGGCAGAGAAGAUUUGUUGCCAGCUUUCAGCGAAGAAGAUGAAAAAGCGAACGCUAUUGCAACGGCAAGUUCGAAUGUUGACGUAAUGAAAAUUGAAAAUGGUAGCAUAGUAACGAUGGGUCCGGCGACGAACGGUAACACAGCCACCGCCACGAUAACCAACGGCAGCAACGGCCAACAGCAAAUCAUUAUCCACCAGCAGCACCCUUCGCAUUCGAAUGGCAUCACGACACUCACCACGGGCGCCAAUGGUCAUACACAGAUCAUAAAAGAUGACGGCGACGGCACCAUACAGAUCCAGCAGCAGUCCUCGCCUACCCAGACCUUGAACGCGCAGGUUUGCUUGGACUCGAUGGCUCUAAGCGAUGUGGAUUUCACGCACACCGUGCUGCAGACCAUUCAAAAUGCGGACGGAACUGUUUCAAUUAUUCAGGUGGAUCCAAACAAUCCUAUAAUUACGUUACCGGACGGAACAACCGCACAAGUACAAGGAAUCGCCACCCUUCAACAGCAAGGAGACGGAGGCGUUCACACUAUACAAACUAUAUCCGACGGGCAGGGUGAAAGUAUGUCGGUGGACUUAACGGAGGCCACCCUCGGGCAGGAUGGUCAGCUAAUCAUCACUGGAGAGGAUGGACAAGGAUAUCCGGUGAACGUGAGUGGCAUGAUCACGUUACCAGUGUCGGCCCAGAUGUAUCAGACGAUGGUGGCCAACAUCCAGCAGGUCCCGAACGUGGAUGGCACCGUGUGUCUAACACCAAUGCAGGUACAUAAUUUAGCGUCCAACCACUCGACGGCACCUCCCGGUGGGAAUACGACGACUUCUACGACACAGAACUUGACCAUAGCAACGAACGGUGGUACGAACCAUCAGAAUCCCGCUGCGAUGCUGGCUAGUUACGCACUCAGUAGCUUAAGCAUGCCACAAGUGGCACAUCACUUGCAGCAAACCGUAAGCGGCAAGCACCAAGCGCGUAGCAGUGGCACAAGAGGCUCUGCUGCCGGCGUGCCGAUCGUUGGCCUCAACACAAUACUUCCCUCGCCGAGGGGAUCUUUCAGUAGGGUAGCCGACAAUAGUCAGCACACGAAUAACAACAACCACCUAAACCCGAACUCGCUCAGUGUGAGUCGUAAAACGAACGCGAUGACGGGCAACGCAAUCCUCGGCGACACUGGUGCCAAUACGAUUGAAAUUUGCGUCCCAAAGAUCGAACCGAUGGAUGAAGACAAAGACGGUACGACGGACAGUGGCGGUGAAGCUACGCAAAAGUUUGUCAUUCAGCUCAGCGGACAUUCGUUCACCACAAGCGAUGGCAAGCAACUACAGCAGCAACAUCAUCAGCAAAUGAGCCGGGAGAUUGAACUGACCGUGAGCGAGGGCAGCCAUCUGAUCGAUGCGCUAAGCAUUAAUGCGAAACACGGCAGCAGUUCUGGGCACGAGGUCGAUUCGAAGCACUUUGCCAUACCGAGUGUGUAACGUUCGGAGUCUGAAGUUCGACCUCCGCUGGAUGACUUAUCGGACAAAACGGACCCUGGACGAUACUUUCCCCCACAUUGCUUCCCCUGAUUCAACCUUCGAACCCAUCGCAUACCGUUGACUGUCAAACAGAAAAUCCCUACAUCAAAUGCGGUUGCUUACGUUUUUACUCCUUCCGUUCAUCCUUAAUUAAAAUAUGUAGCAUUAAGCACGGCAUCAUUUUUAAUAUUUCGUAGGAAAAUUCUGUUUUUUAUUCUCUCUCAGUAAAUGAUUUUUUUAACGUAUGUUGCAACAAGUCAGAUUGAAGGUUUAUUUAGUUAACUUAUUUAUUUGGACGUAUUCGUGCACGUAGCGUAGUGCGUAGGAUUACAUCAGUUCCUUCUUGACACGCAAAGUAAACGGUUAACCCAAAGAAGCCAUCCAAGAUCGGUCGAAAGGACACAAUCUAUACGUUUCUACGUUUGUUGUCCCAGCAUACCUCUAGUCGAAGCCACCGUUCGUCGCAGGCGUAUUAGGAAAGAUACUUACGAAAAUGGUUUUCUCGACACGAAGCAGUGUUUAAAGUAAAUCAUAAGUACAAAGAAAAGUUUUCACUAAUCUCACGACAUGCAGCAAAAAA